AUGCUCUCCCCGGACGCCCCAGAGCGUCGCGAUGCUCUCCCCGGACGCCCCAGAGCGUCGCUAUGCUCUCCCCGGACGCCCCAGAGCGUCGCGAUUCUCUCCCUGGACGCCCCAGAGCAUCGCGAUGCUCUCCCCGGACGCCCCAGAGCGUCGCGAUGCUCUCCCCGGACGCCCCAGAGCGUCGCGAUGCUCUCCCCGGACGCCCCAGAGUGUCGCAAUGCUCUACCCGGACGCCCCAGAGCGUCGCGAUGCUCUCCCCAACCGCCCCAGAGCGUCGUGAUGCUCUCCCUGGACGCCCCAGAGCGUCGCGAUGCUCUCCCCGGACGCCCCAGAGCGUCACGAUGCUCUCCCCGGAUGCCCCAGAGCGUCGCGAUGCUCUUCCCGGACGCCCCAGAGCGUCGCUAUGCUCUCUUCCGGACGCCCCAGAGCAUCGCGAUACUUUCCCCGGACGCCCCAGAGCGUCACGAUGCUCUCCCCGGACUCCCCAGAGCGUCGCGAUGCUCUCCCCGGACGCCCCAGAGCGUCGCGAUGCUCUCCCCGGACGCCUCAGAGCAUCGCGAUGCUCUCCCCAGCCGCCCCGGAGCAUCGCGAUGCUCUCUUCGGACGCCCCAGAGCGUCGCGAUGCUGUCCCCAGACGCCCCAGAGCGUGACGAUUCUCUCCCCGGACGCCCCAGAGCAUCGCGAUGCUCUCCCCAGCCGCCCCGGAGCAUCGCGAUGCUCUCCUUGAACGCCCCAGAGCAUCGCGAUGCUCUCCUCGGACGCCCAAGAGCGUCGCGAUGCUCUCCUCGGACGCCCCAGAGCGUCGUGAUGCUCUCCCCGGACGCCCAGAGCGUCGCGAUGCUCCCGGGACGCCCCAGAGCAUCGCGAUGCUCUCCCCGGACGCCCCAGAGCGUCGCGAUGCUCUCCCCGGACACCCCAGAGCGUCGCGAUGCUCUCCCCGGACACCCCAGAGCGUCGCGAUGCUCUCCCCGGACGCCCCAGAGCGUCGCGAUGCUCUACCCGGACGCCCCAGAGCGUUGCGAUGCUCUCCCCAGCCGCCCCAGAGCGUCGCGAUGCUCUACCCGGACGCCCCAGAGCGUCGCGAUGCUCUCCCCGGACGCCCCAGAGCGUCGCGAUGCUCUCCUCGGACGCCCCAGAGCGUCGCGAUGCUCUCCCCGGACGCCCCAGAGCGUCGCUAUGCUCUCCCCGGACGCCCCAGAGCAUCGCGAUGCUCUCCCUGGACGCCCCAGAGCGUCGCGAUGCUCUCCCCGGACGCCCCAGAGCGUCGCGAUGCUCUCCCCGGACGCCCCAGAGCGUCGCGAUGCUCUCCCGGACGCCCCAGAGCGUCGCGAUGCUCUCCCCGGACGCCCUAGAGCGUCGCGAUGCUCUCCCGGACGCCCCAGAGCGUCGCGAUGCUCUCCCCGGACGCCCCAGAGCAUCGCGAUGCUCUCCCUGGACGCCCCAGAGCGUCGCGAUGCUCUCCGCGGACGCCCCAGAGCGUCGCGAUGCUCUCCCCGGACGCCCCAGAGCGUCGCGAUGCUCUCCCCGGACGCCCCAGAGCGUCGCGAUGCUCUCUCCGGACGCCCAAGAGCGUCGCGAUGCUCUCCCCGGACGCCCCAGAGCGUCGCGAUGCUCUCCCCGGACGCCCCAGAGCAUCGCGAUGCUCUCCCCGGACGCCCCAGAGCGUCGCGAUGCUCUCCCCGGACGCCCCAGAGCGUCGCGAUGCUCUCCCCGGACGCCCCCGAAGCGUCGCGAUGCUCUACCCGGACGCCCCAGAGCGUCGCGAUGCUCUCCUCGGACGCCCCAGAGCGUCGCGAUGCUCUCCCUCGGACGCCCCAGAGCGUCGCGAUGCUCUCCCCGGACGCCCCAGAGCGUUGCGAUGCUUCUCCCCGGACGCCCCAGAGCGUCGCGAUUCUCUCCCCGGACGCCUCAGAGCAUCGCGAUGCUCUCCCCGAACGCCCCGGAAGCGUCGCGAUGCUCUCCCCGGACGCCCCAGAGCGUCGCGAUGCUCUCCCCGGACGCCCCAGAGCGUCGCGAUGCUCCCCGGACGCCCCAGAGCAUCGCGAUGCUCUCCCCGGACGCCCCAGAGCUCGUGAUGCUCUCCCCGGACACCCCAGAGCGUCGCGAUGCUCUCCCCGGACGCCCCAGAGCGUCGCGAUGCUCUCCCGGACGCCCCAGCGCGUGGCGAUGCUCUCCCCGGACGCCCCAGAGCGUCGCGAUGCUCUCCCCGGACGCCCCAGAGCGUCGUGA